AUGGUGGUCAUAUCCACCACUAGCGAGGGGAUAACCACGAUUACGAUCUCACGGCCUCAUCGACGAAAUGCGGUCAACCCUGCUACUGCCCGUGAGCUAUACGCGGCAUUUAUCAAGUUCGAAGAAGACCCCUCGCAGAAAGUGGCCAUCCUGACCGGUGCUGAUGGCUCUUUCUGUGCUGGCGCUGAUCUUAUCGACCUCACUACUCAACAGCGGCAGGAUCCAGAAAGCUUGGAUCCACUGGACAGAGAUCAUCUUCAGCCCGUCCAAGGUCGAAAUAUCGCACCAAUGGGUCCUUCCCGACUCCAAGUCCGCAAGCCUGUUAUCGCAGCGGUUGCAGGUCACGCAGUCGCAGGUGGGCUCGAACUGAGUCUUCUGGCAGAUAUGCGUGUCGUUGAAGAAGAUGCUGUCUUCGGUGUGUACUGUCGACGGUGGGGUGUGCCCUUGAUCGAUGGAGGAACUGUCCGACUUCAGGCUAUCAUAGGCCUUGGUCGAGCGCUGGACAUGAUUCUCACUGGUCGACCUGUUCCUGCUCAAGAAGCAUUGUCGAUGGGUCUCGCCAAUCGAGUGGUCCCUAAGGGGACAGCGCUGCAGGAAGCGACGAAGAUCGCCGAACAGCUGUUGAAGUUUCCCAAUGGCUGUAUGAAUGUGGACAGAAGCUCAUGCUACCACGCCGCGUACAAUGCUUCAAGCUUCGAGGAUGCAUUGCGGAACGAAUUUGACCAAGGUAGCAAAAUCCUCAAAACAGAGAGUUUUCAAGGCGCAGCAAGAUUUGCUGGAGGUCUUGGAAGACAUGGAGGAUUUGAGAAAUUGUGA